UCUCCUUAUUCAACCGCCUGGAACGAAAUUCCGUUACUGCGCUCCUUACUCACCUGGUAAAACCUGCCUUCAGGAUAGGAACUAAUCUAGCAAAAGUUGAACGUUGCAUUUUAUGGCUGUUCAGGAGUCUAAUUGUGCUGUAGACGAUCAGGUUGAUGACGAAAAUUGUGGUCCACUGCUCGUACAAAAGUUAGAAUCCGCUGGAAUUGCUGUUGCUGACAUUAAAAAACUUCGAGAGGCAGGCUUUCAUACUGUCGAAAGUAUCCAGUUUGUUCCAAAGAAAACGUUACUAGCAGUAAAAGGAAUCAGUGAAGCUAAAGCGGACAAAAUCAUAGAAGCUGCUCAAAAGUUAGUCCCAUUUGGAUUCACGACAGCCACUGAAUUCCAUCAAAAACGGUCAGAAAUUAUCCAGUUAACUACUGGCUCAAAAGAAUUGGAUAAACUGCUACAAGGUGGUAUUGAAACUGGAUCAAUAACGGAGUUGUUUGGAGAGUUUCGAACUGGAAAAACACAAAUAUGUCAUACCUUAGCCGUAACUUGUCAGUUACCAAUUGAUAUGGGUGGUGGUGAAGGAAAGUGUUUAUACAUAGAUACAGAAGGCACUUUUCGUCCUGAACGUUUGUUAGCAGUUGCAGAAAGAUAUGGUUUAUCUGGUAGUGAUGUCCUAGACAAUGUGGCUUAUGCCAGAGCUUAUAAUACAGAUCACCAAAUGGAAUUACUUAUUAACGCUGCGGCUAUGAUGAGUGAGUCAAGAUAUGCGUUGUUAAUUGUUGAUAGUGCUACAGCUCUUUAUCGUACUGAUUAUUCUGGUCGUGGAGAAUUGUCAGCUCGACAAAUGCAUUUGGCUAGAUUUUUACGUACAUUAUUACGAUUGGCUGAUGAAUUUGGUGUGGCUGUAGUCAUUACUAAUCAAGUAGUCGCUCAAGUUGACGGUGCUGCUAUGUUCUCUGCUGAUCCGAAAAAACCUAUUGGUGGAAAUAUAAUGGGUCAUGCAUCAACUACUCGAUUAUACCUUAGAAAAGGUCGUGGUGAAACUAGAAUUUGUAAAAUUUAUGAUAGCCCUUGUUUACCAGAAGCUGAAGCUAUGUAUGCUAUUCUUGCCGAUGGUAUUGGUGAUGCAAAAGAUUGAUAAAUAGACCACUUUCACCAAAAUGUGUUUAAAAAACGUUCUUCAUUUCAAAAGUUGGACAUUUCUCCUCGUUUUUUUUCUCCUUCUUUUACAACAAAGUAGUUCCGUUGAAAUUUUGAAUGCUGUAAAUAUGUGAAUAUUUUAAAAAUAAUAGCCUUCUACACAGCACUAAUGUUUUCUUGUUUCCUUUUCCGGAAACAUUUGGUUUGUUAUUAUUAUUAUUAAUAAUUUUUUUUGAGAAGAAAAGAUUUCUGAAAAAAUUUUUUUUAUACAAUGAUUUAUUAAUAAAGACGAAUUGUUAUGUCUCGG